AUGCUUCCCUUGCGUAUCAAUUUGUUGUUCGUCUUUUGCACUAUCAGCGUUGCCCGUGAGAUCACUUUUCCACCCGUGGCAGCAAUCCCAUCCAAUGGUCAAUCAAUCCUUUCCACUGCCGAUGAUCUACUGGUCGAAGCGCUCAAAUUUUCUGGCUUGAGCACGUUCGCCAAUGUCCCAUUCGUCCACUGUCUCUCGAAAGACCAAGAUGUUGAGAAGUACGAUAUUGCUAUCCUGGGAGCUCCAUUUGAUACAGCGACAACGGCCAGGCCAGGAGCACGGUUUGGUCCUCACGGGAUCCGAGAUGGGUCAAGACGCAUUACUGGUCUAAUGGGAUGGAACAUCUAUACAGAUCGAAACUCUUUCCUUGACUGGGCCAGGGUCGUGGAUUGUGGUGAUGCACCUCUUACUUUCCUUGAUAACACUGUGGCUCUGAAGCAACUCGAGCACGCACACAAAACCAUUUCAGGUCGUCCGGCAAAUGCUACAGAUGUUUCGAAGACUCCAAGGAUCAUUACUCUUGGUGGUGAUCACACCACCACGCUUGCAGCGCUGCGUUCUACCUAUGAUCACUGGGGAGCGGUGAGUGUGAUUCAUUUCGACAGUCAUAUCGAUACCUGGGAUCCGAAGAUCCUUGGUGGCGGUAUCUCGCAAUACGCAGGUGUCAACCAUGGUACUUUCUUGCAUCUGGCACACGAAGAGGGUUUGCUGCUGAAUGGCUCGAUCCAUGCGGGUAUUCGAGCUCCGUUGGUACGCCGGAAGGGCGACAUCAGGAACGACAAAAGGUGUGGAUUCGAAAUCGUGACAGCAAGAGACAUAGAUCGCAUUGGGAUUGAUGGCAUUGUCAGGCGGCUGAAGGAACGAGUUGGCAAUACGAAGGUCUAUAUCUCGGUUGACAUUGAUGUUCUCGAUCCUGCUUAUGCUCCCGCUACUGGAACGGCUGAGGUUGGCGGAUGGUCAACUCGAGAACUUCUUAGCAUCCUAGACGGCCUCGAAGGGAUGAAAGUCAUCGGUGCUGACGUCGUUGAGGUUGCACCCGUCUAUGACAACGUGGGAGAGACAACAAAGCUCGCGGCAGCCGAGGUCGUCAACUCAUUGAUGAGCUUGAUGGUAGAGACGCCAGUGAAAUCCUGA